ACGUGAUCCGUGACACUUCGGGGUCGCUAUUUAAACCGAGCACAGCUGAGACCGUCCUUAGAAUCCAGAGACGCGCGAAGCCGGUGACUAAAGUACUAAGAAGUGGUGCAAGAGCUCAAGCUGCCGCAACUCCUGUAACUGACUACCUGACACUAUAAUGGAGAGCGCGGGGAACGGGACUGCGCCGCACGCGCUCUCCCUCCACAAACGCACGAGCUCGUCUCAGUCGGGCGGGAGUGAUGGUAACGCCUACCUGUACAUCCUUAUCGUCAUGUCUUUCUACGGAGUCUUCCUAAUCGGGAUCAUGCUCGGGUAUUUGCGCACCAAGAGGCGCGAGAAGAGGAGGACGAACUUAUUCAGGCGUCUGCUGCACGAAGAGGAGCAGCGGGAGUGGGGCGCGGGGCAGAAGAGCUACAGCCUGCCCAUGCCUGCGUUCCCCGCACCGCUGCCCUUAGCGCUGGGCGCAGGGAGGCACAUGGGCAGCCCACUGGAGGCUCGUGUUCUUGCGCCCCUCGCCUGCGCGCUGUGCUCAGCUGAGCAGAGCAGCGUGAGCUCUCUCUGCUCGUCCGCUGACGUGCGCUUUACUAUCGAGGAGGAGUCGGACAGCGGCACCGGGGAGGGGGCACUCGACAAGCCGCUCAGAGGAAGCUCUGAGAACAGCGAGGAAUCUGCAAAAAGCAUAAAAGCCGUUCCCUGAGCUCCGCACGCCCCACGUGCCCAGCAUUCAUCUGGCUGAAGACUAAAGGCUAGCCAAAAGAGCCUUAGCGCCAACAAAGGACUGCUGAAGGCGAUGCGAUGCGUCUGGUUGCUGACCACGUUUGGGAUAAAUGGUCAGCUAACUGGCCUCGCAGUGAUCUGGAGCGAACUUGAAAGCCUAAACACUUUCUUAGAAAUGGACUAUUUCAUAUGUCACAACGCAGUAGUCCAUUCCGGGCAAAACGUGUUGAUGCUUUGUGCAAAAUAUACUGUAUAUAUUGGUUUACACUAACUGUCUUUAUUUAAAACUGACCUUGUGUUGUUAUUGUUGCCUUAGGGGGGAAUAAAAAAAACUAAAUAUGGUUUUUGAGCCCAUAAAUGUCACGCUUUUGUUUUGGCAGCUUGGGCACACGCAUUAAAACGGCCGACCAGGGGAUCAGGACUGUACGGAGUCCAGCAGAGUUUGGUGAUUUCCACCCCCAGAAGUGUGUAGUAACCUGGCAAUUGAGUUAAAUUAGUUGUGUUGAACCCUCCUAUUGUGUUCUGGGUCAAAACUGUCCAUUUCGAGUUUUAAUAUAUCUAAAAUUCCGCUUCACUUUAUAAUUUUUCCAUGAAACCUGACGGCGUCCUCACCAGUGAUGACGCGAACAUGUAAAAAUGAAGAUGGCCAAGCAAUUUCAAAACGUCCCCACACAAAAACUUGACCCUGUAGUUCAGAAUGGCCAUGGAACAUGCAGUAUAUUGGGGAAAUAUACAGGUCUUGUGCAGGGCAGAGCACACAUUUUGUUCUGCUGCCACCCUGAAGGCUAAAAGGAGGUCCCCAGCCUAUGAAAUCCAUGAAACGUGCUCAUCAAGAAGACGGCCAUUAAUCAACAAGUUGCUGAUAUUGAAAUAGGAGAAGAAACAUCUGGAACAGAGGACAGUGCCGGAUUCUCAAAGGAAUCAAGAUGCCCAGGGUCCGCAAGAUCAUUAGGAAAACUGAAAAAGAAAUUAAAAACUCUUUUGGUUUCAUUUGUAACAGAAUUGUCUAUUUUGGCCUAUAACAUAAAAGUUGUGAUGUCAUCAACACGAAUAAAAUAUCUAUGAAGUAUCUA